UUUCAUAAAGCUUGUUUGUAGGUACUUUCGAUUGUGGCCUCAAGUUACAGGAAUGUCCUUUUCCAUUAUUAACAACUUUUUAUUUUUAUAACUAUAAAAUUGAUACAUACAAAAUUUCUUACUUAUAUAAAAUGUCUAAAUUUACUUUUGGUGCUCCUAUUACAACGGGAGCCACGCAAAGUUUUGGAUUCCCUGCAUCAAUACAAACAGCUCCAAGUUUUAGUACUGGCACUGCAACAUUUGGUACUUUAGUUUCAUCUUCAACAAUAGCACAACCAUCAACCCAAAUAGGGACUUCAACAUUAAAUUUUAAUUUUGGUAAUACUGCAGUUACUUCACAAACUAGUCAGCCUAUCGUUUUAACUUUGGGAGGAAAUACAUUAACUUCUGUUAAAUCUACUGGUUUAACUUUUGGAAUUCCAACUACAACUGAAAGUCUUAUAACUACUGGAGGUUCAACAACUGGAACAAAUUUAAUAAGUGGAGGUCAAACGAAUGGAAAUCUUACAUUUGGUACACCGAUAACUACAGGUUUAUCAUUUGGUACGACUACUGCUACUACAGGAAGCUUAAAUUUUGGCACUGUUCCAACUACUGGAACUUCAUUACUAAAUUCAAGUACAAGUGGACUUUUUGGAACAAAACUCUCAACAACAACAGCAGCUACUACUGUAGCUGUGAUAGUUAAUCAUGGACUUGGUGGAUUAGAUGUGUCAAUUAGUAAUAAGGGUCUUACACAAGGUAGCACUAGUCCUACAACUGCUAAAGAAAACUUGUUACCAAAUGAACUAAUGCAAACAAUCGAUGGUUUUAAGGAGUUUGUUAAAACACAAAAAGUCUUGAGCUCAGAUAUAGCUAGAGGAUCAGCAAGACCGCUAAAUAGAUGUUCAGAAGAUACAAUUUCUCUGAUGGAAAUUCUUACUACAUUAGCUGGUUCCGUUCAAAGAGAUCGAUCAUUAGCUGAUAAAUUAAAACAAGAUACAGCUAAAGCACUACAGAAUGCUGAAAUAGCACAAAGAACACAUGAUACACCUACAGGACUUCAGUAUGAAAAUAAUGUACCACUUUUAUUUUUUAUGGAACUUUCAGGAAAUUUCGAGCAUGAUUUAAUGCUAUUUAAAUCACAAAUUGAAGCAACUGAAAAACACAUACAAACAAUGCUGACUCCUAAAACAUUAACUCCUCAAGAAUUAACAAUGGCAAUGAAUAAAUUACAUGAAUCUCUAGUAGCAGUUGCUGGAAGACUUCAAGGGGUGCACUCAAAAGUACAACAACAAAAGGAGCAAUAUUUAAAUUUUAGAAAGUAUGUUUUAAAAGACAACACAAAUGUUUUUGAAGAUACCAAGUCAAAUGAAAAAUCUUGUAGAAAUAAUAUAGGAAAAAUUACAAGUGGUCCAACGCCAUUUGGUCCAGAAAAUCGAGGCUUUUUAUCUACUACAAAUUUGAAUUCGACUCAAACAUCUAAUUAUGGUACUCCAAAUGCAUUAGUUUGGGGAAAUGUUACUUCGACACCUAGUCAUCUUUCAGUAAGUACGAUGAAACCUCCAACAAUUGGUUUAAAUUUUAAUUCACCAAAUAAUCUCACGGUACCUCUGUCAUCCACGAAUGGAAAUUCAAAUUUUCAGUUGCAAAAACCACCUGUAGGUAGUAAAAGAGGCAAACACUAAUUGUAUGUUAACGUAUAAAAUGUAAAAUAAUUAAAGAAUUU